AUGGCGCCAGAAGCCAAGGUUCCCAUGAAACGAAAAAGAGUUAAAGACGAUGCGGAAGAAUCAAAGUUUCCCAGAGGAGGUGCCAGUAUAUUGACCCCUCUGGAAUACAAGCAAAUUCAGAUACAAGCAACCAAAGACGCUCUCUUUGAGCAACAAGAAACCACCUCAAGAGCUCAAGCAGAAUGUGAAGGCACAAAUACCAAACGCAGGAAAAGUGACGGUAAGACUAAAAGCAACGCAAAGAAAUCUCUGCCAACAGAAGCGGAAAAAAGCCACCUCAAGAUCGAAGGUUUGAAUUUCAAGCGCCUAGUAGCAGGUUCUUUAGUCUUCGGCCAGGUGCAUGAAAUCAACGAACACGAUAUUGCUCUAUCAUUACCAAACAAUCUGACCGGCUAUGUUCCCAUAACUUCAAUCUCAAAUCAAUUUACUCAAAGAGUCGAGUGUGCUGCUUUUCUUUCAGAAGAGGAAAACGUUGAUGAAAAACAAAUCGAUGAUAUUUCUCUAAAUAAAAUAUUCAAGAUUGGACAGUAUCUAAGAGCCUACGUCGUAUCCACCCAUGAGGAUGCUCGUCCCAACGCAACCAGUAAGCCUAAAAGACGGAUAGAGCUUUCGCUUCUUCCCCAGCUCACUAACAAUCUUGUUGCACAUGAUAUCUUGGUACACAGUUCCAUCAUGGCCUCAGUAAUUAGUGUUGAGGACCACGGUGUCAUAAUGGACCUUGGGCUAGAGGAUAAAUUUAUAAAGGGCUUUAUUUCAUCUAAUGAGUUAGAUUACGGUUCAGAUCCUUCAAAUAUUCAAGAGGGAGCCGUCUAUCUUUGUUUUGUGACUGGUCUAAGUUCUAACGGUAAAGUAAUCAAGCUAAGUGCGGAUUCAAAAAAAAUGGGAAAUCUAAAAAAAUCAAACUUCCUAACAGAGGUAUCGAAUAUACAAGCUCUUCGUCCAGGAACUGCAGUCGAGAUCUUAGUUACUGACAUAACCGCCUGGGGGAUAGCUGGAAAGUUCAUGGGUAUGGUUGAUGCGACUGCUGAUCUCAUGCAUUCAGGAGCCGGAAGCAGUUCAAAAGUUUUGGAAAAAAAAUAUAAGAUUGGUUCGAAAGUUAAGGGUAGGCUUAUAUACACAAUUCCAAACGCCGAAACAUUGAAGUUGGGUAUAUCAUUUUUGGAUCACAUCAUAUCUCUAACACCAAAAUUUUCCUCAAAAAGCACUGGAAACCAAGAUCCAAUCAAAAUUUUGCCAUUAUCAACGAUCCUCGAGAAAGUCACCGUGAAAAAGGUUGAGACAAAUGUAGGCCUGCUGCUCGAUGUUGGCGUCGAGGGUUUCCUCGGGUUCGCUCAUAUCUCUCGUAUCAGCGACAGCAAAAUUGAGACGCUAUCCGAAGCAACAGGGAUAUAUAAAUUAGAAUCCACUCAUCGAGGAAGAAUAAUUGGAUACAGCCCAAUGGACGGAAUUUACAUUGUGACGUUACAGCCUAGCGUAAUUGAACAACCCUUUUUACGACUCGAUGAUUUAGUAGUUGGUAGUAUCAUCAAAGGGAAAAUUGAAAAAUUGAUUAUAAAAGAAGAAGGUGUCGUCGGGCUGCUAGUGAAGCUUGCCGAAGGGGUUGUUGGGCUUGUCCCUCAGGCUCACAUGUCAGACAUCAAACUACAACACCCAGAAAAGAAAUUUAAGGAAGGGCAGACCGUGAAUAUCCAGGUUUUAUCAACAGACUCCAGGAAAAAGCAGAUUCGGUUAACAAUGAAGAAAAGUCUAAUCAAUUCAGACGCUCCUCAGUUCCUAGAUUACAGAGAGAUUCAACCCGGGAUGCAAAGUCCUGGUACAAUUAUCAACAUCUUACCCAGCGGCGCUGUAGUUCAGUUCUACGGAAAUAUUCGAGGAUUUCUUCCUGUAGCAGAGAUGAGCGAAACUUAUAUUCAAGAUCCUAGCAUGUACUUCCAGGUCGGGCAGGUUGUUAAUGUGCACGUCUUAAAUAUUAAUCCCGACGAAGAAAAAAUGACAAUAUCGUGUAAAGAUCCCUCUAGUUUUAGUAUAGAACAAAAAUCUGCGCUAGAGAAGCUCGAAAUCGGGGAAUUAGUUUCUGCUAAGGUCUUGGCAAAGUCUGAUCAAGAAAUUCAAGUAAUUAUUCAAGAGACUGGUUUACGAGCCCUUCUCCCAGUCAAUCAGCUUUCCGACGGACCUCAGUCGAGAAUUUCGUAUGUCCUCAAGAAGAUUCGGAUCGGAGCUACGCUAAAUGAUCUUGUUGUGCUCGAAAAGGAUAUGACAAAAUGCCUUGUAAUUGUGACAAUCAAGCCAAACAUUGUUAAAGAUGCUAAGAAUCACAAACUCAUUAGGAGCUUUAACGAUGUUAAACCUGAUAUCAUCUCUCACGGGUUUGUAAGGAACAUUACACCCAUUGGUAUAUAUGUUCAAUUCGGGGGACGGUUAACAGGUCUACUGCCGAAAGGUAAAAUACCCGAAAGCCUCACAGGCAUACCCGAUUUUGGAAUGAAAAAGUUCGAUACCAUUAAAGUAAAAGUAAUUAAUAUUGACCAAGUCAAACAACGAUUUAUACUUUCUAUGGUCGAUGCGGACUCUGAGACUUCAAGUCAGCAACCAGCUACAUCCGACCAAACCUUUGGAGUCGCUCUAAAUCCUGUUGAUACUAGUAUUACCUCCAUCAGUGAUAUCACUGUGGGUAAAUGCACCAAGGCAAAGAUAACAUCAGUAAAAGAAACUCAGAUUAAUGUUCAGCUUGCAGAUAACAUUCAGGGGCGCAUAGAUGUCUCGCAAAUAUUUGAUUCAUGGAAUUCAAUUAAGGAUCGUAAGCGACCCCUGAAAUCAUUUUCAGCCAAACAAAUACUAGAUGUGCGUGUGCUUGGAACACACGAUGCCCGGAAUCAUUGCUUCCUACCCAUAACACACCGAGGCGGAAAGACCUCAGUGUUCGAGCUCUCGGCCAAGCCUUCCGAUCAGGAAAGCACACCGUCAGAACCAAUAACGCUUGAGGAUAUAAAAGUUGGGUCCUUGUGGAUAGCUUACGUGAACAAUAUUAUCGAAAAUUGUCUAUGGGUAAACCUUACACCGAACAUCAGGGGCCGCGUUGCUGCGCUAGAGAUUUCUGAAGAUAUCUCUUUAUUGAAUGAUCUUCACUCUAACUUUCCUGUAGGAUCUGCUCUAAGGGUGCAUGUCACCAACCUGGAAAUUGCAACCGGUCGUCUUGAUCUAUCUGCUCGCUCUAAAGCUGGAUCUACCUUAACAUAUAAAGAUAUCAGUAAGGGUAUGAUUAUUCCGGGAAAAGUAACAAAAGUUGAGAAAUCACACAUAAUGGUACAGAUAAGCGAUGCAUUAGUAGGCCAAAUACAGUUAACAGAUCUCGCGGACAAUUUUUCUGAAACCGACCUGAAAAAAUAUAGCAAAAAUGACAUAACACGUGUUUGUAUUUGCGAUAUUGAUGAGCCCAAUAGAAGGAUUCGAUUAUCCGCACGACCUUCUCGUGUACUUAACUCGUCUCUAACCGUUCCAGAUCCAGAUAUCUCAUCUAUUGCCCAACUCAAAGUAGGUGAUGUAGUUCGUGGAUUUGUAAAAAAUAUUACAGAGAAAGGUAUAUUUGUUUCGAUCGGUUGGAAUAUCGUUGCUUAUGUGAGAGUAUCUGAUCUUUCAGACUCUUACUUCAAGGAUUGGAAAUGCCAAUUUGAGCUGAAUCAGCUUGUUAGAGGAAAGAUCUUAUCGACUAACUCUAGUCAAAACCAAGUUCAGAUCAGUCUUAAGUCAUCUGUAAUCGAUGAAGGACAUAUUCCCACAAACUCAAUCGAAAAUUUAAGGUCUGGACAGAUUGUAACUGGCAAGAUUAGGAAGGUAGAAGACUAUGGUGUUUUCAUUGUAGUCGAUGGGUCGAACAACGUCAGUGGCUUAUGUCACAAAAGUGAGCUGGCUGACAAGAGAGUUCACGACGUAAAAAAGCUAUACAGCGAGGGUGAUUCUGUGAAGGCAAUUAUCUUGAAGCUAGAUCUUGAGAAAAGAAGAGUAAACUUCGGCCUAAAAACAUCAUAUUUCGAACACGAUGACUCCGAUGUAGAGAGCGAAGACGACUCCGACCUAAAAGGUGGUCUUGUUACCCUCGAUAAUACAGUAUCUGAGGAAGGUAUAUUCAGCGACGAAAAAGCAGUUGCCAUGAAUACGAAUUUACAAGAUGAACCAGAUAUAGCUGAAACUCAAAUGAAUGACGGGACUGCAACUAUAAAGAAUAGAGAUAACGACACUGUUUUAAGUGCUGGUGGAUUCAACUGGUCAGGGAAUAUAUCUGAUCAGGAUGAUAAUACUUUUGAUGAUGUAGCAGAACUACCUGGUAACGCCAAAAAGUCAAAUAAGAAGCGCAAGAAAGCUCAAGUUAGCCUGGACAGAACUGGUGAUUUGGAUGCAAGUGAGCCUCAGUCUGUGAGUGAUUUCGAACGGCUGCUGCUUGGCCAACCUGAUUCUUCAUCUCUAUGGAUUCAAUACAUGGCAUUCCAAGUACAACUCGGCGAGCUAAAUAGAGCCAGAGAAGUCGCACAGAGAGCUAUUAAAUCUAUCAACGUAAGAGAGGAAACGGAAAGACUAAAUAUUUGGAUAGCCCUUUUAAAUUUGGAGAAUGUAUAUGGAUGCAAUGAGACUGUUGAAAAAGUUUUCAAAGAUGCAUGUCAAUAUAAUGAUGCACAAGCUGUUCAUGAGAGGCUUAUAAGUAUUUUCAUUCAAUCUGAAAAAAAUGACAAAGCCGAUGAUCUCUUCCAAUCGUUGGUCAAGAAAUUUUCUCAAAUGCCAAAUGUGUGGUAUAAUUAUGCGCAUUUCUUAUAUAAUAAAUUAUUGUCUCCUGAGCGUGCCCGUGCGGUUCUCCUGCGAGCAACUCAAUCUUUACCACCUCAUACGCAUCUCAAUCUUACAAUGAAGUUUGCCGCCUUAGAAUUUCACUCACCAUCUGGGUCGCCAGAGCGUGGAAGAACAAUAUUCGAAGGGCUCUUAUCGACCUUUCCUAAGAGGUUAGACAUAUGGAACCAGAUACUGGAUCUCGAAAUACAACAUGGGGACCCAGAAAUUAUACGUACUUUAUUUGAGCGUUAUAUAAAAUCUAAGUCGCUCAAACCCAAAGGCGCUAAAUCAUGGUUCAAGAAAUGGUCUGAAUGGGAAAUGGCUUGCGGAGAUAAGAAAAGCUAUGAAAAGGUUCAAGCUAAAGCAGAGGAGUGGGUUCGUUCCGCAAGCUUGAAGAAAACCAGUGACGAAGGAUAA